AUGGAAGAUCACAAUGAUCCUUUGGUCCUCACAUUUCCAGUAGCAGGAUGCAAUAUCAAGAAGAUAAUCAUCGAUAGUGAGAGCUCGGUUAAUGUUCUGUUCUAUGAUACGUUCAAACGUAUGGAUCUUAAUGACGAACAACUAAUGUCAUCGUAUUAUACCAUCUACGGAUUCAACGGAGCAUCAACGAAACCCUUGGGGGAUAUUGUUUUGCAAGUAGACGCGGGACCAAUGAAAGUUGAUACUCGAUUCAGCGUGGUGGAUGCUCCUUCCCCUUAUAAUGCCAUCAUUGGCCGAAGGUGGGUGCAUAAACUCAAAGGAGUAGCAGCAACUUAUCAUCAAUAUCUCAGGUUUCCUAUGCCCGAAGGGGUAAUGGAAAUAAAAGGAGAUCAGGCCACAGCUCGAGAAUGCCAAGCUAUACAGAAUCAACUCAACAACGAACAAGACGAACUGCGGAAAUCCCGAAGAAGCCGAAACAAAGAGGCUGCCAAGGAGAAAGCCAUUGACCUCUAUCUCGAAGAGAUCUCAGGAAAAAGUCUGACAAAGGAGGGAAAUGUUCUAAAUGUUGAAGCUAGUACCUCAGCGGCAAAGGGGGCUGAAGAGCCUACCAAAUAG